ACUGAUGGAAUCCACACAAGCGACUUCAUUUCAACUGAAACCACCAUUCCAACUGGAAUCCACACAGGCGACUUCAUUUCAACUGAAACCACCAUUCCAACUGGAACUAGCAUUCCCACCUCGCCCUCCCCAACGGAGCACAGCGCCGGCCCCUCAACGACCCCUGCCCCGGCAACUGAAAUCAACCCCCAGACAGCGACCACUGAAGUCGUGCCCGCUGAGACCACGACGCUUCCGGAUUGCGGGGACAACAGCGGCAAGGACGGCCAUGGUGCUAACCUGCAGACGACGCCACCCGAGACGACUACCGAACCGCCAACGACCGCUAGACCUACAACCACCAGACCUAAUACGUCCUCCAGACCUCCAACAACCACUACAACACCUACGACCACUAGACCUCCUACAACCACCCCAACUACCACUACGACCCUGCCUCCGACUACCACCGCCCUCUCGUGCCCUGACGGAUGGGCCAUGUACGACAGGUCGUGCUACCACCUGAGCAGCGAGAGGGGCACGUGGCCGGAGGGGAAGUCCUACUGCGAGAACAGCGGCGGAUCCUUGGUCAAGAUCACGUCGGAAGAGGAGUGGAGCUUCGUCAAGGGCCUGACCACGGAGGACACCUGGAUUGGCCUCAACGACAGGAACAAGGAGGGGGUCUUCGUGUGGGUCUCAGACAACACCAGCCCGGUCUUCACCAAGUACUCCAGCGGGGAGCCCAACAACCACAAGCCCUUCCUGUGGAGCGGCGGCGAGGACUGCGUCGAGCUGAGGGAGAGCAAGGACUUCCUCUGGAACGAUGACGAUUGCGAUAAGGACAAGCUGUAUGCCUGCGAGCGAAGCCCAUUCGUCAGCAGGGGUUAAGGCAGCAGAGAUUCACUGCAAAAAGAGAGGAACUUUUGACAACAACUUUUGAGAUUAGUAAUAUAUAUAUAUACAUAAAUAUAUAUAUAUAU